AUGCCCAGGGGACAUAAGAGUAAGGCUCGUGCUCGUGAGAAGCGCCGCCAGGUCCAAGAUCAGGCCCAGGGGCUGAAGGAUGCUGAAGCCAAGGCAGCAGAGAAAGGAGAGUCAGCCUCCUGCUCUGAUCAUAAUUCUGGAGAUGCUGUUGCAAGCACCUCUACUGCUGGUUUCCCUCAGAAAUCUAAAUCUCAGGGUCAGGCACCCACCACUACUGCUAGUAAAGGUAGUGCCUACAGAAGGUCUCGUAAAAGUACCAAAGGUCCAAGGGAGGAAAGUACUAGUUGCUCUAGGGUUCCACGCUUCAAUGAGAACCCACAGAAUGAUCUUCUAACAAGAAAGACAGGAAUCCUGAUGCAAUACUUGCUCUGCAAGUACAAAAUGAAACAGCCAGCGAAUAAGGGAGAAAUGCUGAAAGUUAUCAACAGAAGGUUCAAGGAGCAGUUGCCUGAGAUCCUUAAGAAAGCCUCUGAGCGUAUUCAGCUAGUUUUUGGUCUUGAGGUGAAGGAAAUUAAGCCCAAUGGCGGGUACUACACCCUUGUUAGCAAGUUAGAUCCCAGUGUUAAUGGUAUUCUGACCACUAGCCUGCCAUUUCCCCAGAACGGGCUUUUGAUGCCUCUGCUGGGUGUGAUUUUCUUAAACGGCAAUCGUGCCUCUGAGGCAGAUAUCUGGGAAUUCCUUAAUAUUUUGGGAAUUUAUGAUGGGAAGGUGCAUAUAAUCUUUGGGGAGCCCCGGAAGCUCAUCACCAAAGAUUUGGUUAAGGAAAAGUACCUGGUAUACCAAAAGGAGGCCAAUAGUGAUCCUCCAUCCUUUGAGUUCCUUUGGGGUCCCCGAGCCCAUGCUGAAACUACCAAGAUGAAGGUCCUGGAGUUUUUAGCAAAGGUCAAUGAGACCGUUCCUCAGGCUUUCCCAACUCAUUAUGAAGAGGCUUUGAAAGAUCAGGAAGAAAGAGCCCAAGCUGAAGCUGUACGCAGUCCUGGCACUAGUGCCAAAGAUAAGUCUGAGUCUAAAGUCACAGGUGUUGACUCCUCUUGCAAAGAUAAGGCUGAGUCUAAAGUCACAGGUGUUGACUCCUCUUGCAAAGAUAAGGCUGAGUCUAAAGUCACACCUGUUGCCUCCUCUCGAAAAGAUAAGGCUAAGUCCAAAGUCGUACCUGUCGACGACUCUUGCUCCUAG